CCUAAGCACUGUCAGAAACCAGUCACGUUGUGUUAAGCCAAUAUAAUUCGUCAGUGAAUAUUAUACCUUAUUAUGUUCUCGAACUUGGCACAGAAACCCCAGUAUUUACCUCCAUUUUACGCAUACCCGUCAUCCUUUUAGAAACCUGAGAUCUGGUACAACAUUCCUAUCUAGCCAGAGUAGUUCCAUUCUGCUAAUAGAUAGAGGCCAGCCCGCAUUCCUCGAAAACAAUGGGUGUAAUUAGUCCUUUGAGCAGACUGCCCUCGUCUACCAACUCGGCGGUACCCAACAUAAAGAACUGCCGAAUGCGGUAUACGGAUUAGUCUAGGGCUUCGAACCAACCAUUCACCGUAAAUAUAUACCCAAUCUAACUUGAGGUCCUUUUUACACCCCUUUCCGACGCAUAUAGCACCCUUUUUCAAGAGCUAUUCGGGGAGAAAUAAUAGUCGCUAACCUAGUACCUCCCAGCAUCAGCGGUUGAUCACUUGCAGGUUCAAUCAUGGCUUACAACAACAAUCGCCAGGGCGAUCCAUACGAUAAUAUAUACGACGUUAGCGAUGGUAGCGAUGUCGCCGACGAAGAGGUAUACAAUACCUUUAAUCAACUAAACUUGACCAAUAAUGCCGGCACAUCCCAGGGGAGAGAUUUUAAUAGUUGGUGGCGGCAAAACUCACAGGAUAAUGCAUCUCAGGCUCAACCACCGCAACCACCGCAACCACCGCAACCAUCGCAGAGAAAUUUUGGUGGUCAACGGAGACAACCCGUACAAAAAAAUCCAUCCCAGGGGAGAGAUUUUAGUAGUUGGUGGCGGCCAAACUCGCAGGAUAAUGCAUCUCAGAAUCAACCACCGCAACCAUCGCAGAGAAAUUUUGGUGGUCAAUGGAGACAACCCGUACAAAAAAAUCCACCCCAGGAGAGAGAUUUUAAUAAUUCAUGGAGACAACGGGAUCAGCGGACUAAGGAGGUUGAACCCGAACCCGAACAGGAAAGUAUUGCCGGACCAUCGCGAAAUACAGGUAACGAGCAGGUACAGCCACGGCCACGGCCUGUUUCGAAGUUGAUUCAGCACGGGCGGUCGACUCCGGGGUAUCCUCGUUGGCGUCGCACCCAGAAUGAGACUGAUGAAAUAGGUCGGGUAGAACGGUGGGGGCGUUCAAAUCGUCGGCCUGCUACCGCAUUUCCAGUUACCUUGAGGCCGCGUAUGGCAAGAGUCGAUGAUGAGACAAAGAACAGAAUACAGACGCGUGGCAAAUGGUAUAUGGAGUCACUAAUGAACACAAGCCGCUACUAUGUCAGGGAACCGUCCGAGAGGAUGCCGGUGUCGCAAGGUGAAGAACACGAGCCCUACGACCUCAUGAUAGUCCUUAAAAACGCCCACAGAUUACAAGAGCCAGAGGAUUUUGUAGAUGCCAUAAUGCGCGAGCUGUCAAAUACGGGAGAGUAUUCACGGGAUAGAGGUGCCACCGAUAAUCCGGCCACUGGGGAGAAAAAUGUUAGACGAAUGCACGCGAACACAACGGCCUGGGGACUCCUAGAGGAUUUUGACCUUAUUCUCGCAGAAUUAAACAAACUCCAAAUUGAAUUAGAAACUUCCAACCGGGGUAACGCCGCCGAUCGCCUAUUCUCAUCGAUAGCUGAGGCGUACGAUUGGGAUGUUGAAGAGCUUAGGAAGUCGGGAUUCCACCAAGAGAUUAUGACUUAUGUAGGGUCUACGAUGAUGGGACGACUGCGGUACAUGAGAGAUCAUUAUCGCAAGGAGAGAGGUCCCGUCACCCACGGCGUCAGGGACUUGUUAGAUGAAACGAGUAUAACCCUUUCAACGCGAUAUUUCAGCGCUUUCGUCCAUUCGGCAUCCAUGUCUGAUGAUGUUCGAGCGGUCGAAUGGUUUAGCAAUUGGGCAGUACAUUUCCCUGGCCGCCACAAUAGAGAGUUUCCCACCCCUCAGUUGGACUCUGCUACGGCAAUCGGCCUUUUCGAGACUGUCUAUAAAAUCAAAUACGAACAUGCAGUUCGACUACUCUCUGAUGCUGGGUUCGCCGAAGAUGUAGAGGUAAUCGAUGGCUUUUUAUCCUACAAGGGUACUAUAGAGUCUACAGAGCCGGCGAGGCAUCAUGAACUUGCUAAUCUUGUUCAACAAUAUUUUACACCGUAUGUAAGACGGUUGAAUGAUCUUCUCACCAAAUACCCAGAGACCAAUAGUGUACUCUGGCAGAAAUACCGAGCAUAUCCCACCAACGUUUACGAAGCACGCACCCGGCUCGUACAGUAUAUGAAUAAUACGAGGCCCCCUACAUAUGUUGGCAUAGGCCGAUGGUGUAGGCAUGCAGCACCACCAGGGAUAAGUGAAGUUACAUCAGAAGGAAGAAACAUGGGGAUGGAAUUGUGGACAAAAGGCUGGUAUUGUAUCAAUCAUCGUCCGUGGAUUAGAUGUACCUCUUGCGGUUGGAAAUAUUCAUGUGUCAUAUGUACAAACCCGCAUUCCUGUCCUCAUUGCAAGACAGGCUUUAGAUGUACCUGGGAUGGAUGUUGGAAGAAAUCCGAUGAUCGCCCGGCUGGGACGAGAGCCCGAGCUACUUACCAAGUGGCUGCGACUACAAACCCAGAGGGCUGGCAACAAAAUGGUAGGCGAAUUACGCCAAAGCUUCGAGAGAGUCUCGAAGAUUUGGAUCACCCGCCACGUUACCGGAAGUUUUUCCCAAAGACCGUAGAAGAUAUACCAGAAGACGGCCCAAUCUAUGCUAAAAAUAUAACUAGGAAGUUUCACGACCAAAGACAUAUACAUACCGGUGGAUGGGACCGGAAGAACAAAUAUCCAAUCAGACUUCAUGAGUCCUAUGAUCCGAGUCUUGGUGGUGAAGGAAUCAAAUUUGUUCAGCCGUGGGAAGUCCCUCAACGUCCCGGAGAAGUCUCUCAAGGUCCCGGACAAGUCCCUCGACGUCUUAAAGAUGUCACUCAACAGCCUUUGGGUGGUGGUCAGGCCAGUAUGGCUCUGGCUGAGAGGAGUAUAUCAGACAAGGGAGGAAAGCGCAAGAGGGAGGACGAUGACGAGGGCCUUCUGGGAGAUUUGGUCUCCGCGCUGCACACGGCGAGGAAGGUGAAGCGCUGAAAGACUUCGAGAUAUUGCUUUGUUACUUUUCCUGCCAUGUAUUGAAUACAGUCCACGCUUCUUGCUACGAACUAGUAGCAGUAAUAUAUAUUCUCGACUUGCG